AAAUGUCAAAAUCAAGAGUACACAUGGUGUACGAAUAUUGUUUACAAUAUGUUAAGAGCUCGAUUCAUCGACUGAAAUUUAACUGCAGUGCAUUCAUUACUUAAAAAUGUCUUAAUUACUCAGUUACACGACUCUAUCAUUUAGACUAUUGGUUUUGUACUCGAAAAUGAACACCGACGUAGACGAUCCAGUUAAGAUAAUUCAGAUAAGCUUGACCGACAACCUCGAGUAUAUUAGGACAAUUUUGGAACCCAACAAUCAACAAACCUACUUUGAGAAGCACAGAAAUGUCGCACCGGAACAGUUGCAAAUUCUUGGAACAGUAAUGCUCUUCUGUAGUUUGGAACAGAACUCUGAUUUGGUGUACGGUAGCUUAAAGCAUUUGAAUACACUACACAAAUUCUAUCCCGACAUACGUUUUCAUUACAACAAGCAGCUAGUUGAACAUCUCAGAUUCGAUUCAUGUGCCGACAAUUUUGCUGGUAAUUUCUUAACCACACUGUACUCGUGUGCUGAAUCCACAUUCAAUGGAGCCAGACAGGAGACGUUAGAAUUUUUCAAAUAUUGGAUUCAAGAUGAGAUUGUUGCAUUGGAUGUAUUUGGUGAAAUAUGCUACGGAUGGCCGUGGACCAAUCGGAACAAAUAUUACCUUCUGGCUAUUUUAUUCGAACGGCACAAUUUCUAUAAUUUGCUGAAGCGCCAUGACAUUGAUGCAACGUAUUUCGUGCGCGGUGUAGUGAUUUCGUUGCAGUAUCGGAAUCUGAUUGCUCCUGGACAAAGCCUGAUCGUUCAACUAGUGAAGUUAAACAUAGUGGAAACGUUCAACGUCAUUGCCGAUGUGCUGCGAUAUUCGACCGAUUUUGAAUUGUACAAUUGCGUUCAAUGGUUGCACUGUAUCUCCAAUUUGAAAUAUUUAUAUGAUCGACUCGAUCUGGCCAACGGCAAUAUCUUCACGGAUGCGAAAUUCGGCUAUUUAUUCGAAUCGAACAUGGAAAAGCUGGUCCUAUUCAGAAGAACGUUCAAAGUAUCCUUCGAAAAGCAUCCGAAAAUUGGUGAAAUUGAUAGAGUAAUUGUUUCGAAAUACCAGACGGUUCGGUUGGUUCAUCGAGCUGCAAUUUUUGAGGUGCUCAUAACGAAUACUAUGACUCGGUUGGAUGCCAUCGAAGAGAACUUAUGCCACUUGCAAAACUUUCUCAAAGACAACAUGAGUCACGAACAUUCGGCUCUCCGGCAGGACAUCAUGAAACUGUUACCGAAUCUAUUUUAUUUACUGACAUCAUUGCUCAGAUCAGCGACGGACGAACGCAAAAGCAAAAUCAAAUCAUUUUUCCAAUUUUUAAAAUUGCAAAUUUUCGAUAUCGGGAUAGGACAAGAACAGUACCAACCUUUGAUUUUCAGCCUUCGCUUGUACGCAAUUUUGAUGAAAUUAUUGUUCGGCUGUCGCCAAGACCGACUCAUCAAGGAGUUCAACGUUGAUAAGAACAAGCGAUUGCGAUCGUUUUUGAUUGACGAAAAUGUCUGGGAUCCAUGCUCAGCCGAACAUUGCAAUACCUUAAUCGAUUUGGUGCAGAGUGAAUUCGACGAUGUUCGCGACAUAUCAACUGAAUUGUUGGUUCGCUUUUUCCCAACAAAUGCCAUUGGAAACAGGUAUCAUGAACUGAUGACCAGCACCGACAUUCAACAAUGCAGGUACUCACAUCUGUUCGCAAGGAUUGCUAUGCAGAAUGAUGAGUCACAGUUGCAAUCAACUUUGAAGCAGUUUUUGAAUUCAAACGAAUCGGACUACAAUGAUCCGUUUCGGAAAGCUAACACCGGAAAUCAUCUUUUCGGUGCCGUUAACUGUCUCAAUGAAUUUUACUGUUUCCGCAAAGACAUGGCCAUGUCAGGCCAAAGGGAAAAAAAUUCCACUGCAAACACCAUGACUGAUAUCACUGCAGGUGAACGAAUUACGAAUCAUUUCCUGCUCUUGCUCAAAACUGCCUGUCCCGAUGAGGCGAAACACGGUUCCCCAAGUUUUGAGAAAAUGGAUGAAAGUUUGGAACUGCUGCUGUCCCGAUCAGCCCAACCUGUAACGGACCUUUACGAGGAUAAGAAAUUUUUGCUGCUAUCGCUUUGGUUGACUCUCAAGGCAUGCAGCGAAUUGGCUGCCAAUAUUAGUAGUUGCACUCUUGACGGUCUUCGCAAUUCUAGUGGAAGUGAUUACUCGUCGAAAGUCGAAAUACUCACGAAAUGUCUAAACAUCGCAUCGAAUGUGUUAUUACAUACCCGCCAUAAAGGAGCUAUCGAAGCAUCAGGUCUUUCGCUGGGCAAAAUCGUCAGGUCAAUAACAAUCAAUUGCGGUGCUGACACGCAAAUGUUCGACAUCGUUACAAGUUGUGUUGAGAAGAUAUUCAAUGUCAUCGACAAAACGGAUACCACACGCAGAGGAGCAGGUUUGUCAAUAAUGGUUCUACAUUUGGUCAAAAACGAUUGCAGUAAGGACAAGACGAUCGUUAAACACGUAAUGGGCAUUCUGUUGAGAAAGUAUGACCUGGCCGUUCAAUUGCAACAAGAACAUCAAAAUCGGGACAAUCUGCAGGCCAGCAUAUUGCACUUCUUUUGCGUUUUAUUCAAAGAUGGUGAUUUGAAAGCAACACUGUCCGGUUAUAUGGUCGACGUGUUUUCCAUCGCGAUAGCUAAGAUCGAGUCAAGCGAAUGGACAAUUAGAAACGCUGCACUUCAGCUAUUCGGGGCUAUUGUACCGAAACUUGUCGGUCAGACACAAUACUUCGUAAAUGCGAAAAUUUCAUGGGAACCAGUCAACACAUCAUACAAUGACAUAAUAGCUAAGAUGAUCGGCAUACACCAACACGUCCUUCACAUAAUCGACGGUCAUACAUUCUCUGGUAAAUCGUCCAUUCUACUAGUCAGCGUACUCGAACUAUUGUCGCGUGUGGAAGUAAUUGGGCAGUCGGAGGAUAUACGGGUACUGCAUGCACAUUUCUUUACGAUGAUCAAUUUUGAUAGCGAGAAAAUUCGUAAUCUUGCUGCCAAGUCACUGGCAAGAUUUCAUGAAUUUUAUGAAAUUCAACCCAUAGUCGAACAAUUACUACCUCAGCUGUUCGAAUCGGCUAACGAAAAUAGCAAGCAUGGCAUUGUCAUAAGCGUGUUGUAUUUGCUGCAGAAAUAUGAGAGCGAUGUCAGAUUUACGGGUAAGGCAUCCCUGUCGACUGAUUUGUUUAGCCAUACAAGAACGCUCGUUUCGAGUCAUUUCCGACGGCCGAUUCCUACCAGCUACUACGUACGAUGCUAUUUAUUAACUUUGCUUUUAUUUAUCGGAUUUGAUAUUUUUGAUGCAAUUGUUUCGAAAAUGAUUUUCGAAUGUGAAACGGUUAGACGGCGAGAGGAUGUAGAAAAACAUUUGAUGCACUUGGAUGCACAAUGUGAGUACAGUCAGUUCGGUUUCGAUCUCUGGAAACAAAAGAUUCAAAAUGUUUAUUUGGAUUGUGAAUUGCGGGAGGAAUGGGAAAUUUGAUUGGAACAGUAUUUGACAAUAAAAAUGCAUG